AAGUGCUCAAGCAUACCAAUGAUGCUCAAAGUGUGUCUUGCUUUGUUCCUUGUGGUGUCACUUUUGACACAAAAUACCUUGGCCUUUGGGUGUCAGAACGAACGACAAACAUGCAAUGUGAUGACCGGAAACACUUGCUGUAAUGGCUUGACGUGUCAGUAUGCAAUGGGUAACAUCAAAACAUGCCAGCGAAACAUUGGAGGCGGUAUUGGCGGUGGAAUUGGCGGUGGUAUUGGCGGUGGAAUUGGCGGUGGUAUGGGGUGUCGUCGCCGUAAUGACGAAUGCAGGGUCAAUGGCAUGCCCGCCAUGUCAUGCUGUGCAUCUCUCCGCUGUCUGCGUGGACACAUGAACAGAAUGACUUGUCAAUAGAUAUAACGUAUACGUUUAUCUGAGCAUCAUGAUAUGUGUUCAU